GCGUAGGAGAGCAACGUGAAUGUCAAAACAGAGACAGACAGACUAUUGUGAAUGCUUUUUAUAAUUAUACAUUGGCGCAAAUACGUUACGUAACUGGACGUAAACUGCGCUUCUAUCCGGAAAGCAAUCCGGAGGAGGACGAUUGAGUAAAUCUCUUGAAUCGUGUCGUUUUGCUGCGCUUGCUCUCAGCUUUCAUGAUACCCGUCACAUUACUUCGGAUUCCUGCUUUGUCCACAUCUUUAUUUUGUCGAUGUGGUGCAUCAUUGUUUCAGCUACAAUGUAGGCGCAUGAUCUCCAAGAAAACGAGGAUAUGUGACAUACUCAAAAGCACACACAUAGGUUCAGAUGCUAGAGUACAGGGAUGGGUUCGAUCUGUCAGACCACAGAAAGACAACCUCUUCUUACAUGUCAAUGAUGGAAGUUCAUUGCAACCUCUUCAGGUGGUUGCCAGCUCACAUCUGAACACCAGAGACCUCACAUUUGGCUGUGCUGUUGAUGUCACGGGCACAUUGGAGAGGAGUCCUAACAAGAAACAAAAUGUGGAGAUACACGCUCAACAUAUUAAAGUGGUCGGGGAAUGUGACCCUGUUGAAUUUCCUUUCAAAAUCAAAGAACGUCAUUCUCUGGAAUACAUCAGACAGUUUCCUCACCUCAGAUGCCGAACAAACGCCUUCAGCUCUCUGCUCAGAAUACGCAGUGAAGCGACAGCUGCCAUACAAUCAUUUUUCAGGGAUAAUGGAUAUGUGCACAUACACACACCAACAAUCACCUCAAAUGACUGUGAGGGUGCUGGUGAACUCUUCCAAGUCGAGCCUGCAGGGGAUAAAAAGGGUUCAGAUGACCCAAACCCACAUUUCUUCUCUGUGCCAGCUUAUCUAACAGUAUCAGGCCAGUUACAACUGGAAGUGAUGGCAGGGGCUUUUUCAGCGGUAUACACCUUUGGUCCUACAUUCAGAGCAGAGAACUCUCAAAGCAGAAGACAUCUGGCUGAGUUUUACAUGGCAGAAGCUGAAAUUGCCUUUACUGAAUCACUAGAAGAUAUUAUGAAGGUUAUGGAGAACCUGUUUAAGGCCACCACGGAGCAUGUGCUGUCCCGUUGUGCUGAUGAUGUUGAAUUGUUUCACAAAUACAUUGCACCAGGACACAGAGACCAAGUGGAUCUCAUAAUGAAAAGAAAGUUUCAUGUUAUAUCAUACACUGAAGCGAUAGACAUUUUGAACAACAGUUCAGAGAACUUCACAUUCAGCACUGAGUGGGGCUGUGAUCUUCAGACAGAACAUGAGAAGUUUCUAGUGAAACACUGUGGAAAUGUCCCGGUCUUUGUUGUCGACUAUCCCUAUGACUUAAAGCCUUUUUAUGCCAGAGACAACCAGGACCAGCCUCGCCACACUGCAGCUGCAGUGGACCUCUUGGUGCCUGGGGUCGGGGAGCUUUGUGGUGGAUCACUGAGAGAAGAAAGGCUUGAACUUUUAAAGGGUCGACUGGCACGGGCUGGAUUGGAGGAAACGUAUGCAUGGUACCUGCAGUUGCGAGAGUUUGGCUCCACCCCACACGGGGGUUUCGGGAUGGGCUUUGAGAGGUACCUGCAGUGCAUUCUGGGAGUUCACAAUAUCAAAGAUGUGAUUCCAUUUGCAAGGUUUUCACACUCCUGCCCUCUCUGAAACUCUAUUCAAUUUAAAAAAAUGUGCUUUGUAAAGUGUAUUGUUAUUGACACCAUUGCUUUAGUGGAGUAACUGAGGCAGUUUUUGGAAACAUUCUUUCCAUUAUGUAUAGGAGAGGAUAGUCCAAUAUCACUGGCUUCUAAAAAUGUAAAACAUGACUGAUCUGUUAUGAAACUUUGUUUGAUAUAUAUUUGAAUAUUUAUGACCAAGACUGCAAAAUGUACUUUUAUAAUGCAAAAAAAAACACUUAGGACUUCAAAAUAAAUUCUCUCUGUGGUAAUA